GGCAGUGUCAGGUGCUGCUUAAAGAUUUCGACUGCCUUACAGAUUCCUGUUAUGAGUGCCCUUACCACACCCAACUGAUUCAUCAAGGGGUCUCUCCAUCACACAGCAGAGCCGAGUGGUACAGAGAGCAGCCAUGGCGGAUGCACUUGGUAUUGUUCUGGGCAGUAGUCUAACUGUCAUGCUUAGUGCUACAGCUCUCUACAUCCUGAUACGUUGGUACCAAAGUGGGCGCUGCUGGCAAGAGAAAAGUCUUGUUUUCAAUCUAUAUAAUGUCAGACAGCUGAAGUCAAUGGACCUGGAGAUAUCACCACCCUUCACUGUCAGUGGAUCAAUGAAUGCUCCGGACACCCUGUCUCUAUACCACUACUCCCAGUUCCAAGACAGUGAAGUCUGAUUGGUAUGGAUAUUAUAAGUAUGACGGUUACUUUCUAAUAUCUCAACUCUUCAUCAACCCAAGCCAUUCUUGCUUUAAACAAACUGCACAAAUGUCCUGCUUUCUUAGUAAAGGAUAAUGCCUGUGA